ACUGCGUUUUCAUUCGUUCAAGGUCACGUGACUGAAGUUUCCGAUACCACGACAGCGAUCAAACUCGCGCCGGUUUGGGUUUUUCCGUUUUAUAGACAGGAAUUUGGAGGUUAUUAUGGUUUCGUAGAAUCUGUAUAUAAGAAUAUCAAGACAUAUGUAUAUCCCAAAGGAUAAAUAUUGGGUAUCAUUAAAGAUGUUUGAACUUGAAGAACACCUUGGACAUGCUGAAUUGUGGACAUCAAACUUUAAUGUCUUUGAAAGUACCGAACUGCCCUCAAAUCUAUUGGACAGUAAAAUGAAUAAAUAUGGAUAUGAUGAUCAUGCUGUAUCUGUACAGACGAGAUCAAAUCAAAUACUAGUGGGCAUCAGGGUUAAUACAGGUGUUAACUUUAAAGAUCUUAGACCUUCUUCGUUUGUAUUGCAGUCAUUUGCAAUUUCACAUAAAGUGUUCAGAUGUAAAAGCUUAGAAACAUUGCUGUCAAAGGCAACAUUGUCUUCAGUUAGCAGAGCAGUAAUGAAAUGGGUGAUGCUCAAAGACUUAAUGAAAGCAUUUGAGAAUCAGGAUUUUCUUCUUUGUCUGGAUAGUGUUAAGAAAUACAAGAAAAUGCACAAAACCUGCAUUCGAGAAUUGACUAUUCUUUUUAAAAAAGUCAAAAGUCUGAGUAUAAUUAAAACCUGCAAUCAUAUUGACCAAGACUCAAUCAAUUGUUUACAAGAAGGCAUGCAACUUUUGCUCAAUGAUCUAAGAUCAGAAAAGAUGUCGCCUACAUAUGUCAUGCUACAUCGCCGUGAUUGUUUACACAGAGAACUUCUCAUAGUUUUAUGUAGGUUGUCCUCCUUUUGUCUGAGUUUAACAAACACACAUUUUGAGGACCGUUCACCGUUUUCAUCUGAUUCCCCAGUUACAAGAAACUCAAUAAUGAAUCUUUUUGAAGAAAACCUUGUUUUGAUCUCUCUUUUGAGAGCUUGUGAAUUGCCAUCAUCCAACUUCAAAGAACAGAAAACUGUUUUGACUUCAAUUUUGAAGACUUGUGAUUUACCAUCAUCUGACUUUAAUGAACAGAAAGACGUGAUAUUGAAAGCUGACAAGAAACCUGGACAGUUAGGAUCUUCUAUACAUCACUCCAGUUUCAUGGAAAUUACCAAAGAUGUUGUUCGCUUUUUGUCAAAUGAUUUAGCAAUGAUUUUAUUUCACAGAACUUUAAGCAUAUUGAGCCAUUGUGUGUUAAGGAAAAGAAAUGAUGUAGUUAAUGUAUCGAUAAUAGGUACUCUAAAUAAUGAUCGGCCCUUACUUUGUCUAAAUGCUCCAAAUGGUGCAAAGAAAUGUUCUGCAAGAGGAAGUACAGCCCUUAACAACAAUAACGGAAGAGUUAGAGAACAGCAAAUACAAGACCAAGUUAAAAUCUUUUUUAUGAAUAAUACAGGUAUAAUGAAUCUUGAAAAAGAAGACGUAAAUGGUGAAAAUAAGACAGAAGAGAAGAAACAGAUGGAUGUGGAAAAUGUUAAGUCCAUCAAGGAUGGUACACAUGAUGAAAUUAAUGACAAGGAUGGUAAAGAUCAGUCGGAAAAUCAAGGCCUGAUCAAAGUUAUUCCCGAAAUAUUUAGAUUUGUAGAAGUACGAACUGGUACGGACAUUGUAGUUUGUCCUGCUACACAGCAACAGGUUCUGGAGCCUUUCCUGAACAGAUUCUCCGCUCCAGACAACAAACCUUCCAAACACGACACAAUGGCCAUGGAGUUCCUCCGCCUCUGUUCCAUGCAUGAUUACCCAAGCAAGCAAGGCCCGAGUCUACUGCGCCUCGCCGAAGCGGGCUUCUACUAUGAAGGAAACGGCGACGAACUGAUUUGUUUCUCGUGUGGAGUCCGUAACAGGAAUUGGUCGUAUGGUGACUCUCCUAGAGAAAUCCACCAGCGUUUGUCUCCUGGAUGUAAAUUCCUGACAGAGGGUGGGGACGGUAAUGUCCAAGUGCCCAGGGAUCAUCCCACAGAAGAGCUUGCAUCCCAUCAAACCAAUAGAAUGGUAGAAACUGAUGGUCUAAACGUGUCAGAUGGUGCCUUGGCACGAGAACCCGCCAACAAUACAGCACACCUCUCCAGCGCUGGUUACAGUCAGCUUCGAUCAGAGAGUCCACCGCCUGUCAUGGCCAUCAAACACCCAGAAUACACCGCACGCUCGGCACGUCUAGGCUCGUACCAAACCUUCCCGCGCCACAUGAAGCAACAUCCAGCUGAUAUGACCGAUGCUGGAUUUUAUUAUGCUGGGUUUGGGGACUGCUGCAGAUGUUUCCAUUGUGGAAUAGGUUUAAGAAACUGGGACCCAGAGGAUAACCCUUGGAUUGAACAUGCACGAUGGUCAGCGGAAUGCCCCUACAUCCUUAAAAUGAAGGGGCAGGCCUUUAUUGACCUCGUGCAGGAAGCGGCCAGAGCCGCAGAAAUGGCGGACAAUGAUGGAGAUAAUGAGGCAGAUAACGAGAGCGACAGCACCCAGAGCAAAUCAGCGGUAAAUGAGAAAUCAGGAGCGAAUAACUCUGAGCCAAAAGCACCUGCUGGGAAUUCAAGCUAUGAAGUUGAAAAUAACGUGGCGAAAGCGUCUGAGGCAGAGAUCAGCAAGGGUAUGCCGGAGGAAGGUGGAAGCAGUGCAGGUAAUACUAUAGAGGCCAAGCCAAUCAAAGCUCCUCUACGUACUGCAGCAGCGCAAAGUCUGAUCCAUGAUGAACACAUCAUACCUAAGUUCGUCACGGCAGCCAUUGAUGAACUAGUGAAGACAGAAGGUUGGGGAGCAUUCAGUUUGGAAAACAUACGAAAAUAUUUAAAGAGUCAGGAAGACAGCCGUAAAUCAGUGACGUCAGCUUCUAAUGCUGAUCCUAGCAUGCUGAAACAAGAAAACAAAGAGCUGAAGGACCUGACCAUCUGUAAAAUCUGCCUGGACGAGAAGGUGUCCAUUGUGUUCCUGCCCUGUGGUCACCUUGUCUCCUGCCCUCAAUGUGCCCCCGCCCUCACCAAGUGCCCCAUCUGUAGGAAGGGCAUCAAGGGCACAGUCCGAACCAACCUUGUCGAGAAAAACACCCUCAAAUCCAACACUCUUGAUAAAAAUAACCCAAAAACCAAUACUAAGAAGACGUGAAAUCAACUUAUGAAGAAAGACUAAACUUGGCAAUGACUACAAAUUACCAAUGUCAAAUCGGUGAUCCCUUAUUCUAUUGGGAUUAUUCAUUGAGGAGGUGAGGAAAAUUGGUUUUUUUCCAUAUUAAAGUGAGCCUCUUAAUGAAGUGUGUAAGCAUCUAGCUGUAAAGCUGUAGCUUUCAAAAUUCUGGUUUUGAAACACUUAAAAACUAUAAAAUUUGUGUAGUAAAACAAGCUCUGAAUUUUUUUACCCCCUUCUUACUGUUUCCUUACAAAACUGUGAAUGAAUUUGAUAGCAAGCAAUUGUGAAUAUACAUAUUGUAUUAUUUUAAUCAUAGUCCCCCAAAAAACCCUUUGUAAUUUAAAUGAAAACACUUUGCUGUUUAAAAGCCUUUUUGUAAAACAUGGCUGAGAUCUUUUUUUGCCCCUAACUUUGGCUGUCUGAUUGCCUUAAGCUUAACAUUGGUGUGAUAUUACAUGUACAAUUAAACAUAUAACUGUUGUAGUACUGAUAACAUUCAAAUCUGGAUUGUCUCGGGAAAAUACAGGAAAUUGAAAGGCAAUGUUUUAAGAAAACUUCAUACACUUCUGUAUGAAGAAAUAAUACUGUAAAAGUGGUUAUUUACGCUGGUAGUAAAGUAAAGUAAAGUACACGUUUUUUGGAGUCAAACAAUACGCGUGUGUAUUGAAUACGUGGAUGUGUCAUUUACCACACGAAUGUUCUGCUUUUUGACCAUGCGCGCUAGGAUAUUUUAUGCAAUUUUAAGCUUGCUGCGUAACUAGUGUAAAUUUCCCCACGCGUAAAUAACCACUUUUACAGUAGUUUUUAGCCCUUCUGGGCCUUAAAUUAUUUGAUAAUCAUUUGUAUUUUUACAUAGAAAAUAUAUUCAGCAUAAACCCAAUAUUCAAGCCCAAAAACAGUAUAAUGUAAAUACAGAAAGAUAUGAGGCGCAUAUAGUUUUUAAGUUAUUGCAUUAAAAAAUUUUAUUCAAUAUUACAUUAUAUGGUGAUUGACCUAAGACUGUCUAGUUUUGAAGGGUAUCAAUUUUAAAUGGCUAAAUAAACAUUAUUAUAUUGAUGUUAAACUCACAAAUAACAGAGUGCAGUCCAAAAAUUUGUAUUCCUAAUACCAUAAAAUCAAAGAAAUGAUGCCGCAGCAGUGGUUAAGUUAUGAUGUAUGAGAAAUCAAGGGAGUAAAGAAAAUUAAUGCAUGGUAUUGUAUUGGAAUAAAUUGAUAUUGUAAUGGCUUAUAUUCAAUGGCAACAGAAUUUAAACUUACACAUACUUAGUUGGUCACUUUACACUUUAUUAACCACAUAAAUAUUUAUUAUAAAGCGUAAAUUGUUCCAACUCAUUUUAUAUUAGUAUGAAUUCUGUAGCUGUUGAAUUAAAUCUAUACAAUUCGAUUCACCUUCUUCAAACUCAAAAGACAAAUUUUCUAACAAACAGCAAUAAAUUGUACACAAUUUACACAUAUUGCGAAACAAAGUAUGGUUUUAAGUAGAUGCCUUUUUGAUGUUGUUUUGUGUGUCGAGCCAAUAUUUUGAAGAGCAUCAGUUUUGCAGCUACAUAUAGUUUGUAUUCUGAUCAUUGUCUCGGUAGUAUUAAUACGUGUAUCAUAUCAUUUCUCAUAACUGGUUAUCUUUUGCCAUUGGUUAUAUGUUUACCUAUUGAUAUAGAUACAUUGAUAGAUUGAAUCAGUGAGUAAGUGAUACUAAUGGUGGAGGUAACAUUAUUACUUAAAUAAUUACAUGUAAAUAUUGACAAAGUGUUUUGAUGUAUCUUGAUCUGUAAAAAUUAUUUACAAAAAUUUUUUGUCAAUGCUAAUGAAUUUAAUUGUUUUGUACAACCAAUAUGUAUGAUACAUGUACUUGUAUGCGAAGUUGUGAAUCUAUCUUCUGAUUAGUUGGAAGUUUUUUAUUCACAGUUGGGAUUUAUACUCAAAAGUGAAUGAAACAAUGACUUAUCAGAAGAUAGCUCCAUAGAUGUUUCUUUUUAUAGACUGAAACUAAGAACAGAAAUAUAGGAAUAUCCUUCCCAGACGACUCCAUUCCCUUCAACAUAAUAUAACGAUGCCACAAUGGUAGCAGUUACAUUAAAACACUCAAAAACAAAGACCUUAAGAGGUUUUAUCGUUUUGAUAAAUUAUCUGGCGAAUAUUUUGAUGCAAUCACCGGCUUGCAGUUUAUAGACAUUCUUUGUCUAUAACUAGAAAUAUGAAUGAUAAACAUUAUCAUUUAAUACGGAUCUACUUGUAAGAACAGGUACCAUAAUGGCUGAAAAAAUUGAUUAAUAUAUAUAAUUCUCCUGAACAAGUUUGUAGAGAUAAUUUCAUGAAAGAUCUAUCAAUAAUCUCAGUCUAUAUAAUGAAUAUUAUUCACAUUAUAAUAAUCUUCAAUUAAAAUCAUGUUAACUUGUCUAUUUGAGAACAAGAUGUUUUAUUCUUUAACGAGAGUAAGAUCCCUAGCAUCUUCAAGCAUAGACAGCUACUAAUAUACUGUAUAAUGUACAUGCUGAAUUAGUUUCGUUGUUCUAUUUUAUAGCCAGAAUUAAAACAUAUUGUAAAGUAUAUCUAAGAUCUUUCCUUUCUUAAUAUUGUGCCUGUUAUACAUUGCUAGACUUUUAUUAUCAAUGUAGCAGUGACAAAACUAAUGAACAUUUGUUAAACCAUAACACUUGAUUUUAUAAGGGUUUUAUAUUUUUUGACUUUUUUCUUCAUGUAUGUAAGACAAGGUGGCGUUUUUAGCAUAGAAAUUGCUGACGUAUAUUGAUUGAAGAAUUCAUGAAGAAUUCUCCAAUCCUAUUGGUUAUGUCACUGCGAGUAGUUAUGGUACAUGAAGGCAAAAUAAGAUUUUCCUUUUUUUGUAGAGAGAUGUGUGAAUCAGAGUUGAAAUUUGUGUUUUUCUUGCUUUGCUUAUUUUUAUUUAGCUUUACACAAAUAUGGUAAAUCAAUUCGUGUUUUAUAAAGUUAUGAUAAUUUUAUUGUUUUACGUAGUUAUUUUUAAUUGAAAUCUGUGAUGCGCAAAAUGAGAUUUAUCUUUUUUUUGUAGAAAGAUUUGUGAAUCAAAGUUGAUAAUGUGUUUUCUUUCAUUUGUUUAUGUUUCGUUUUUCUCUGUACAAGUACAUUUAAUCAAUAUUAUAAAGUUACUAUUUUUUGAUUGCUUUACAUUGUUCUUUUAAUUAAAAUCUGUAAUGCACCCUAAUACUGGCCCCGCAUAUUACUGAAACACCACCAUAAAGUGAUUUUUGUGUACAUUUUUGUCACUGUCAUCUCCAUCUGCAUAGAUUCUUAUAGAGACAAGUAAAGGGAUACUGCACAUACUGUCUGAAGAAUUGUGCAUCAAGAGAUUUAAAUAGAUGUUAAGGUGUAGAACAGAACAGUUGUUAACAGUAUCAUCACGUGCAAGAACAUCAACAUUAUAUAAUUGAAGCCAAUUUAUGUCCUCCCAAAAAUGUGAUUUACUAUUAAAAAAGUUUUAGCUAUUGACGAUAGACAACGUUAUAAACUGAUUAUCCCUUCCCCCAACCCAACUGUACGCAGGUAGAGAGCGGUUUUGGGAUUCAAUAUCUGUUGCAUUUUGUUUUCAUCGCUGUUGACUUUAUAACUGUAUCUAAGGAGUCAAUAAAGCAUAUAGUUAAUAACAA